AUGGUCACACACAAUGGGUUGAUGCGCGUAUUCUGGCCCUCGGAUGCGCCGACUGCGACUAUACCUGGUGUUCUAGUGGGGUUCAGGAAUUCGGAAUUGGACGUCUUCGUUGUAGGCAUCCUACAAGAAGUCGAGCUUCGACAUGUCGAAAACGCCCUGGUCGUAGGCACAUUGCUUCGGCACAGCCCUCACGAUGUUCACGAGCUGCUUACACGAUGCGGUCACUCCUCUCUCCGUGUGCUCGGUCAGGUCAAUCCGAAGACGCCCCUCGAUCACCUCGACGGAAACCUCCUUACGGUCUACACCGAUUCGCAGACUCGAUUUCCCCGCCUACUACACCCCGGCGAUGCAGUUUCGACUAUACAAGUCAUAGUAUACCACCGACCUCAUCCUGCUCGCAUGCAGUACCUUUCGCUAGCACCUAUAUCACUCGCCCUGGGCGACAAAGUCAGGAUUGCGAAAUGGGAUCUAGCAUUCGAAGAACUAGAGGAGAAGGAGCAAAAGAGGAAAGAAAAGCUUGUCGAAAAACUGAAGCUGCACAAGGUCGUCUCGCACCCACCUACACGAAAAGAACUUGCGCUGCCAAUUCUUAUUGAGCAGGUAAACUGUUCAUUCGAGCUGAAUGCGCUUCUGCAGAAGAACAUCGGCAUGAUUGGCAGGCGUAUGAAGCGGGCUUUGAGCGUCAGUGAACGAGUGGUCGAGUCUGCGAACGACCUCUGGGACUACAUUUACCUGGCCCUUUGCUACCUUUUCCAAGUAUGGGUAUGGCCUGUGAUCUCACAGCUGUUUAUAUGUUGCUUGAUUGUGCAUCGCAUUGCGGCAGAGGUAGUCUUGCGACUUCUAGACUGGAGGCCAGGGUCGUCCGAGUCGCCGGCGUUGAAAGAUGUAUCUGCGACCGCUCAGCAGAUUGACAUUCGACUGCAGCAAUUCUGUUACUGGCCCAUCCAAUACCUCACCUUGCGUAAGAGGAAGGCCAACUGGGGCAGCAUCACAAAUAAUCACCCAGAAUACAUCCGGUUUUACAAUAGCCUUUGGCUAGUUGCGAACGAUGUCAUUAUGGGCAUCGCCUUGGGCUCUUAUAUUAUCGAGAACUCUGCUUUUGUCGCAAUUCAAGUGGACACUAUCUUCAGUGCCUGGUCAGUCGAUGGACUUCGAAGUACCAUCUCAUGGCUCAUGGGUUGGCCGGGAGGUCUGAAGUUGAACACUGAGCUAGCUGUGUUCCUUGGAGAUUUGUUCCUUUGGGUCAUAGAUUAUUGGGCCGGAUGCAUGUCUCUUUUGCGACCACACCUUCCCAGCAUGAUCCGAUUCAUCGGCUUGUCAGCUUUUGCUGGUGCUACAAUGCCUAUCUCCGUGUUCUCGGAUCUGGUAUCUCUGCUAACACUACACAUCUACUCUUUCUAUAUUGCGUCUGCGCGCAUAUUCCACUGGCAGCUUACCAUCAUCAUCUCUCUAUUCCAUCUCUUCCGCGGUAAGAAGCGCAACAUACUCCGUAAUCGAAUCGACUCGUGCGACUACGAUUUGGAUCAAUUGCUUUUGGGAACCAUCCUCUUUACACUGCAGUUCUUCUUACUCCCGACUGUCUUCGUCUUCUACCUGACGUUUGCAAGCGCCAGAGUCGCCGUCAUCAGUCUCAAGGCUGCGCUUGAAAUAGGGCUGGCGUGUCUUAACCAUUUCCCAUUAUUCGCGAUUAUGCUUAGGCUCAAAGACUCGCGCCGGCUACCUGGGGGUAUAUGCUUUGAGUUGCAGCACACGGCCUGUAUUGGUCCACCUCACAAAGACGCUUCGGAUUUGGCGCCGACUGCAUAUGUGCUACUCAAGUCCGUGCCCCUCCCGUUUCGGGCGAUGUUCCAAUCUUACUUCGAGCUCGGCAAUCGCAUCCGAAAACAUUACUUUUCUCCUAGCGUGGUUUUAUGCCUUGCAUCUGGCCAAUUCGUACCACCUAUACAUCGACGAAACCUGUACAGUCUCCAGUAUAGUAUGCUCCCAGCAAACAGAGCAAGCAUUGGAGAGCUAUGGAGGAAGAUCACGGAGCGGAAAGAAACCCAAGUCAAUAUGCCUAACGGGUAUGCUCGGGUGCCGUCAGGACGAGGACCUAGCGGAAUGAGCAAGAGAACUAGCAAAUGA